AUGGCGACGGCGCUCUUCUACGCGACCUCAAGCUCCGACCUCCACCGCCUCCGCCACCGUUCGGUCCCAUCUUCCCCGUUCUUUUCGCCUUCGACUUCGCCGCUAUUUCCUCCUCCGUCGCGUCUCCACCGUCAAACCCUCCUCGUCGCCGCUCCCGGCUCGGCCCGUUGCCUCGCCGUCGCUCCCGGUCCUCCCUCUCCGCCGGGUCCCGGGCCUCCUCCUCCGCGGAACACGAACAAUCUCGGGGGUAUUGCUAGAACAAUCUCCACGAUCGAAGACCGAGUCAAGAUAUUCUUUGCUGUGCUAUUCUGGAUGUCAUUGUUCUUCUGGGCAUCGGUCUCCGAUGGGAGGGGUGAGGGCAAGAGGAAGAAGAAGGGUUCACCUUUCAAAUAG